CCGAUCUGUGUUUAAGUGCGUGCGGUUGAAUUCUCCAAGUGUACGUUUCGUUAUCAAUCAUUCCAGUCGAUCUAUUUUAGUCCGUUGGCAGAAACUAACGUACAUAUUUCGUCUGUGUUAGUACAACUUGUACAUCGCUGACAGCGAACGAAAGCGGUUGUGUGCGUUGUGUAUUUAAAUAAAAAUGGUUAAAGUUGAUAUUAAAUACACUAAGUUGUUCAUCAACAACGAAUGGGUGGAUGCCGUCAGCAAGAAAACGUUUCCUACCAUCAAUCCUCAAGAUGAGACCGUCAUUACACAAGUCGCUGAAGGAGAUAAGGCUGAUGUAGACAUCGCAGUGGAAGCUGCUGCUAAAGCAUUCCACCGUUAUUCCGAAUGGAGGCUACUCGAUGCUUCUCAACGUGGCCGACUGCUCCACAAGUUGGCAGAUCUUAUAGAAAGAGAUGUCAAGUACUUGGGAGAACUCGAGACUCUAGAUUGUGGCAAACCAGUUUCGCAGGCGACAAAUGAAGCUGCUUGGUCAACUCAAAUCAUCAGAUAUUAUGCCGGAAAAGCUGACAAAAUCUUGGGGAGCACUAUCCCUGCAGAUGGCGAAGUUCUAUCCAUGACCUUAAAGGAACCAGUCGGCGUUUGUGGUCAAAUCCUGCCAUGGAACUACCCCAUUCCCAUGUUUGUUUGGAAAAUCGCACCUGCGCUGGCAGCUGGAUGUACGAUUGUCAUCAAGCCAGCUGAGCAAACUCCUCUCACUGCACUGGCUUUAGCUGCAUUAAUCAAAGAGGCCGGAUUCCCUCCAGGAGUGGUCAAUGUUAUUCCUGGAUAUGGACCCACUGCUGGUGCGGCGCUCACCAACAACCCUAAAGUCGACAAAAUGGCCUUCACGGGAUCAACUGAAGUUGGGCGCAUUAUCAUGAGUGGAGCCUCUGCUGUAAAUCUAAAACGCGUCACUCUAGAACUGGGGGGAAAAAGUCCUUUGGUUAUUUUCAACGAUGCUGAUGUGGAAAAAGCAGCACAAAUCGCUCACCGAGCUGCCUUCGCAAACGCUGGCCAAUGCUGCGUUGCUGGCACUAGGACUUAUGUCCAGUCUGGUAUCUAUGACGCUUUUGUAGCAAAAGCCGCUGAAAUUGCUAAAAACAGAACUGUUGGCAAUCCCUACGAAGACGUUCAACAGGGUCCACAGAUUGACCAAGACAUGUUCACAAAAGUCAUGGGUUACAUCCACGCGGGCAAGAAAGAAGGUGCUCGUUGCAUUGCUGGUGGAGACCGUCAUGGAAACAUUGGUUUCUUCAUCCAACCCACCGUGUUUGCUGAUGUUAAGGAUGACAUGACAAUUGCCAGGGAAGAGAUCUUCGGACCCGUGCAGAGUAUUCUCAAGUUCGAAACAUUCGACGAAGUAAUCGACCGGGCGAACAACUCCAACUAUGGUCUCGGAUCCGGUGUCAUUACUAACGACAUCACAACCGCAAUGUCAUUCGUUAAACAUAUACGUACAGGAACCGUGUGGGUAAACACAUACGAGCAUGUCGCACCCCAAACUCCAUUUGGAGGAUUUAAGGAAUCUGGUAUUGGCCGUGAAUUGGGCGAGGAAGGCAUCCAGCAAUAUUUAGAGAACAAGACUGUUACAAUCAACCUACCAAAGAAAUUCGGAAUGUAAUUUUAUAAUGAUAUAAACCAAAUAAAACCUUAUAACCUAUA